AGCACUUGUUGCAACAUGAACAAAGCAGAGAGAGAAAGAGAGAAAGAAACAGCUCAUCAUUUCAAAGCAAAAGAAAAAGAGAAAGAGAGAGAGGAAGAAGAAGAUAAUAAAGAGAGAAAAUCAACAAAGAAGAAGGGUUUCUUUUGCUGUCAAGAUUGUUUGAAGAUGUCUAUAGAGCAACCCCAACAGAGCCAGAGCCAAAACUUGAACCAGUUAAUGUUGCAGCAGAGCUCAGGUAGUCUCAGUUUCAACAGCAACUUGUCUAAGGAAGAUGAAGAGAUGUCGAAGUCUGCUCUCUCCACUUUCAGAGCCAAAGAAGAAGAGAUUGAGAGAAAAAAACUUGAAGUAAGAGAGAAGGUUCAAGCUCAUUUGGGUCGAGUUGAAGAAGAGACCAAAAGAUUGGCCACGAUUCGUGAGGAGCUUGAAGCGCUUGCAGAUCCGAUGAGGAAGGAAGUUUCUAUGGUCCGGAAGAGGAUCGAUUCUGUGAACAAAGAAUUAAAGCCUCUAGGCCAUACCUGCCAGAAGAAGGAAAGAGAAUACAAGGAAGCCCUUGAGGCUUUUAAUGAAAAGAACAAGGAAAAAGUACAGCUAAUCACCAAAUUAAUGGAGCUGGUGAGUGAAAGUGAGAAGAUGAGGAUGAAGAAACUGGAGGAGCUGAGUAAGAGCAUAGAGUCAAUGCAACAGUGAUAUAGCCUAGUGCUGAUAACUGAUUAGGUUUGAGUGAUGUAUUUAAGAUGACUUGUUAUAUUUACAUAUGGGUGUUUGGGGUUUGGUGUAUUCUAUGGUGUCCUUGUUUGUUUUUCAAUUAGAAUUUGUCGGAGUUUUAGCUGAUUUAGGAAGGGAAUUACCCUAUAAACAGGUUUGUAACUAAAUGCAUGUCGACUCUGCUUUUCGUUUCCUUUUUAUUCUUGUUCAACUUCGUAAUGUCUCUUUUUAAGUUUUGUGUAA